AUUAAACAAUAUUUUUUAGCUUUGAUCGUCUGUAAUCUGUUACAAAACACCUGUAAACUGGAAUAUGCUUUCAGGGGAUCACAUGCAGCCAUGGACUCGAGAAGACUGUAAACUCAAAGUGAACCUUCAUCAAUAUAAUUUUCUUCUGACUCGUUCUGACUGAAAUAUCAGAGGAUAUACCAAAAUAACUACUGUUUUAAACUUCAACUUGAGUGCGGACUUUUCUUAACCCUUGAUAUUUUCAUGGGCGAAACUUUACGAUUCUGCAUAACAGUUCACCUUUUUGGCCGCGUUCCAGUUGAUAAUUUUUGUUGUUUGAAAAAAAUACCGUGAAAUACCUUUGGAAUACCUAAACUGUCAUCAAGGGAUUUCUAUCAGACGUAUAUUUGUAUGCAUGUGUGUUCGUAUUUGUGUUUACAAUCGCCAAGCCAGUGCAGUGAUUUAAGCGCACGAUCAUUCGAGCAUAUUAUUUGAACAGGCCAACCUAUAUACCUCACGCCUACGUAUAGCCAACCAACGCAAAUUUAACAGUCAAUUUCCUUCAGGAAAAUAUAUUUGAGAGGUAAUUCAGAGGUUUCAGAGGUUUAGAGGUUAACAGCACAGUGUCUCGUGGCAGACAACGUACGAAAAGGAAUUUUCAUAACUUUCCGAGAUCAUAGCGAGAAGUUCAUGUGGGUAGGUCGACUUGGCCUGUAUGCGAUCAACUUCAUAUAGCAGAGACUGGUCCACUUUAGAAUUGCACGUCGGAGUAUCAACACAGAAAGCGAAUUGGCUAAACUAUACAUUAUCACGGAUCUUUGAUUUGGACUCUGCAUAGUUUGAGAGAAUUAAGAGAAACCUCGACUAUUGGAGUCAUUAAAAAUUGUUUUCGUUUACCACUGUCGCUCUAGAUAUCAAAUAAGAGCGAUUUUUAUAAUCAUUGUGGUAGGCCUAUUCAUAGCUGCUUAUGACUGCGUUGACUAAACUACAAUCUCAUCACAGAGUCACGACAUAGCGUAUAGGGAGUGUCAGGGGGUGUAGCAGACUACAUUAUGUUCACAAAUUUGUCACGUGAUGCAGGGCACACCCGAUAGUCGCUGGCUGACGGCUUAAAACAGAAUUACACUUGAAUAAUGUUGAACCCUGUGGAUAUAUGACUCGUCUUGGUUUUAAGGAUUUACAACUCUCUUGAUAUCAGUGGGAUUAAAACAGCUGAAUUCUUGCUCGGUUUACUCAUGGAACUACUUAGUACGUCCAUGGUUUAGUCGAGCCCCCAAGACCCUGCCAAAACGAAGGUCUUUAGCUUAGCUCUUGCGUAAUCUUCUCAUCAGAUCCCUAGCCGGAAAUUCUGAGACAGAAAAUCUGUGAAUCACACCAACAUGCAUUCAAGACGGUGAUGCGACUGAAAACCAUGAAGGCUCUUGCUCACGUUUAUAUACGUACAUCAAACCUAGAUAAACAAACAUUAUUAUAAGCCUUCCUGUGUCAUCUUUGAGGUACUAAUGUGUUGAAUCGCCUCUGUUUAUAUACUUCAAGCUUGAUAUUAUCUGAAAGAAUGACGAUCAUCAUCAAAGUGUCGACUCCUGUGUCAUCAAAUUAAUGAAGACGUUCAAUUAUGAUCCAUUGAAAAUAACCAAGAUCAUCAACUUGCAUUAAAAGUGCUUUGCAGUAAAGAAGAAUUUGCUUUUCUCCUUCAAGAUGAAUAAUAAUUCAGACAGCAAAGGGUCGACGAAGCGAGCAUCCAGAAAACUAUCGAUGCCGAAAUUUACCCGCCAAUUUUCGUCCACGGACUUUGUCAAGAAGCUUAGCCCUGAUAUUAAUUUCGGGAAAAAAAUUAAGCCUGAAAUCGGGAAAAAGUUCUGGACGUCAAUCGGAAGAAUGUGGGCUACAAUUUAUGAAGAUGCGGCGGAGACUCUGCGGAAUUUCGUCUUCAGGAUGGUACCUGGAAAUUCAGAAACGGUGGGAGAUGAAACAACCACUGAACCUGUCCGGAAUAUCAAGGUGGAAGAGAGCACCGAUUUGCUGUCAUCGAUCAGAAAACAUGGCUUCAUUUUGGGAAUUUUGUUGAUGGUUUGGCUUGUCGGAUACCUCGGCUUCAGUGUAUUAUGGCUGCUGCUCAUUGUUGUCGUCAGUGUGUGGAGAGAUCGCGCCAGCCGCCGCAAAGCCCGGUCGACCGCACUGGCCAGGGCAGCCGUGGAGAAUGAGCGAGAUAGCAUUGUCGGUGUAGUUCGGGAUUUGCCGUCAUGGGUAUACUUUCCUGACAUCGAGAGGGCAGAAUGGCUCAACCAGAUUGUGAAGCACCUUUGGCCGUACCUGGAGGGGUAUGUGGAGGAUCUCUUGAGAACAUCCGUAGAGCCCGCUGUCCAGGAUAAUCUACCAUCCUACCUCAAGUCAUUUCGCUUUGAGAAGAUCAGGCUUGGAAGAUAUUCACCUCGUAUUGGAGGAGUGAAGGCUUAUACGGAGCAUGUCGGGAGAGAUGAAAUGAUUCUGGAUCUGGAGAUAUUCUAUGCAGGUGACUGUGACAUUGAGAUCAGUGUGAAGACAGUCAAGAGAUUGAAAGCAGGAAUCCAAGAUCUACAGCUCCAUGGUACCUUGAGAGUAGAGAUGAGGCCAUUGGUUAACAAGAUGCCCUUGAUUGGUGGGAUGUCAAUCUACUUUUUGAACAGACCGGCCAUAGACUUCAAUCUUACCAACUUGGCAGACCUAUUGGAUGUACCAGGUCUAAGCAACAUGCUUCAUGGUAUUUUAGAGGAUCAGUUUGCCUGUUUCCUGGUGCUACCCAAUAGAAUUCCCCUCACUUUCAUGGACACGACUGAUAUCAAUGAACUCAAGUACCCAAUGCCUAAGGGAGUGUUGCGUAUCACAGCAGUAGAAGCAAGGAAUCUGGUCAGAGCUGACAUGGGCCUGCUCAAGAAGGGCAAAUCUGACCCCUAUCUCGUCAUCAAUGUUGGAAUGCAGAAAUUCAAGACCAAAACGAUCAACAACAAUCUCAAUCCUAAGUGGAAUCAGACUUUUGAGGCCCUAGUGUAUGAGGAGCAUGGGCAGACUUUAGAUGUGGAUUGUUGGGAUGAGGAUCCAGGGAGCAAAGAUGAUCCUCUAGGAAAUUUGAGCAUUGACAUUCACUACAUCUCCAAGAUGGGAACCUUUGAUUCUUGGUUGCCCCUUGAAGACAUCAAGCAUGGUGAUCUUCAUCUUCAUUUGGAAUGGCUCGUUCCUUCAGAGAACUUUGAUAUCAUCCAUGAUCAAGUAGCCGACUGCAUACAGGUAUCCUCGCCAACCUCAGAGUCACUUCAUUCUUGUGCCCUGCUGGUGGUCAAGCUGGACUCUGCCAAGGAUCUACCGGUAUCAUCGAGGUCUACCAGUAUGCCCAGUCCUGUAUGUACGCUGAAGGUUGGUCAGACUAUGCAGAAGAGUCAUGUUCAACAGAAGACAAUGCGCCCUGUCUGGGAAGAGACGUAUCACUUCCUUGUGAUGAAUCCUGCCAUGCAGUCCCUUGAUAUAGAGGUGACAGACAGCAAGAAGGGAAACAAAACUAUGGGUAAUGUCUCUGUCCCUCUGAAAGAGCUGCUACUGAGCCAACCAGACAUGGUGAUCGAGAGACCAUUUAAGCUGAGUAACUCUGGCCCACAGAGUAAUAUCACACUCAAGAUGUGUCUCAGGGCUCUGGAAAAAGGACAAGCAAGGGAACAACAUGGUCCUUUUGAGCCUAUGGCUGCUCUGGCAAAGAACCAGCUACUGGAAGAAGAAGAAGACGAGGGUGUUGUCAAUGACAACAUUGACGGUCAGAUGGAGAAAUCCCUGGAGAAGUCAUCCGAUGCUAAAUCAGAUCUUCCAGCGGCCGAAGUGACCAUCAACGGUCCCGAGGAAGAAGACGGUCAGAGCAGCACCCCACCCCCUAAUGGGACCUCCCCUAGGGUGGGGGAUGGAGAGAACAGCGGGGUGGAACUGAGGAAGAGGAAUGUGCAUCCAUAUGUAUAUGAGAAUGAUGCAGAAACUUCAGAAAGUCUCAAAAUCCCUGAGAAUGGAGAUCCCAAGGCUCCGUUCCCAUAUGGUCGUGUCCAGAUGACAAUUAGAUACAGUUCACCGAGAGGGAAGGUCAUAGUCGUCAUUCACAAGGCAUCGCAACUGACGAUCCCUGACUCUGAAGACAUGCCUGAUUCUUACAUCAGGGCAUACCUUCUACCAGACAAGUCUAAAAGUGGUAAACAGAAGACCAAAGUCAUCAAGGACACAAGAGAUCCUGUCUUUGAUCACACGUUUGAGUUUUCCUGCACGUCCACAGAGUUAUCCGAGAGAGUUCUGGAUAUCUGCAUCAAGAAUUCACACUCUUUCCUUCCCCUCAACAACCCGACCAUUGGCCAGGUUGACAUCGACCUUGCCACCCUAGACCUCAGCAAGGCCACAACAGAAUGGUAUAAUCUGAAGAGGAUUAGCCCAGACUCUGUCUCUCGGCUUUCUAUGAGCUUCACAUCAUGACCUCAACCCACCAGCCACUCAACCCCGCCAUAAAGACUACCUUGAAACAAGGCUGAAGUGAUGCACAUAAUACAUCGAUAGACUUGACAUGCAUACUGGACAAUGUAAAAUAAAGCUUCGUUUACAUAUGUCGCAGGAAACCACCGGCUAAAUAUAGCGACUUUAGCGUAGUGCACUACACAUUUGUCUAACUUAAAGCACAAUGAUAGUGAUUACGUGUGGGACUUUGUUGCUUGCUGCUACUUUUCUACAUCGCCCCUUGUCAUUCAUUUAUACUACAACAAAUUCAAAACUGCCGUGAUUACCGCAUUAUAUGUGCACGACCCUUAACAAGUUAUUCAUAAAGAGUACAAUAUGCAAUUCAUUAACAGCAUGUAUUCAUUCUUGUACAAACAGUUUGUGUUUUAAUUGACUGUAAAAGCUUGUACAUUAAUUGUUGCACUCUUCUUUCUAUUCGACAUAUGGCUUAUGACCGUCUUGAAUUUGACACUACACAACUCUUCCUUGCGGCCUCUCAGAAGAUCAGCUAGUUUCAUCCAUUUCAAAGUUUUUCUGAUUAGCUAUCAGUUCACAUUCAGACACAUUGCAUGCAAGUAGUUCACAUCUGAAUCACCAAGGCCCUGUCUUUGAUACAAAGAGAUGUAUUUGAUCUGAAUCAAUCUAUAGUUUUCCAAUCAGUUACAAAUUGACAAUGUCUUUGAUAUCUCUUAGGUACACAUUUACGAUUUAGAGCAAGUCGUGAUAAAUUUUUAUCAAUCACAACUCUUCAUUAGCAAGGCCUCGGGAAGGCAUAAAAUCGAUGAUAUAAUCACUUUUAUAUAAUUCCAAGAGGCAAAGAUUUUUUUCUCUCAAAUCAAUUAUGGUCACAUUGUUUUUGUUUUUUGUGGCUCCUGUAUUCAAGCCUACGGCAAUGACAUAAUUCAGUACCGGUAAUCAAUUGGUUAAGAACUUUGGGUAUGUGGGUGCGAGAUUAUAAGUAGUGUGAAUUCCUGUUCUAUAAAUAGCUUUUGUAAAGCUUUCCUAUACAUGUUCUUAUCGUAUGUUUCGUUCAGUAGCUCAAUUUUGUUAUCAUCAAAUUGCAUAUUUUGUUAUAAAUUUAAAUCUGCAUGAUAGCUUGUAAGUGCUGUUGGACAAUAACCUUCAUUAAUUUCAGAUUCAUUUUCUCUGCCUUGCAUAAUGUCCAGUCUAUAAUGUAUAAAGGCUUUUAGCCAAGCACAUGAAUAGCCCAAUGGCUUUGACACUGACAAUUAUGUACCUGUGUAUACCUACUUAAUCAUGAAUAGGAGAUUAAUACAGAUUAGCUGUGUGGGGAUUUAAUGCUAAGAAUAAGCUAUAUCAUUUCAUUUUGAUAUAUUUAUGCAUUAAGAUGCUUAAUGAAUUUUAGAAGUUCGAAUGAGAACAGAGGUGAAUGGAGAUGUAUGAAUGAUGAUCUACGCAUUAUAUCUGAACGAUUGGGUAAUGCACCACAUGGGUGGUGGACUAUGCCUAUAUCUUGUGAAAUCAUGAGGAUAAUUAUGUUGUUGUUGUUUGUGUGCUAUGUAUUCCCCUUACCUGUGUCUUGUGUGGUGAAUAUUAAAUUAGGGAGUUAUUUGGGAUAAAGAUCAGAGAAUAUGUGAUCCUUUUAUAAUCUUGAAGUACUGGAAAUAAACUUGUAUAGUAGAUUAGAAGUAGCUGUUAUACAUGAAAUCAGGAGGAUAUUCCUUUUACGGUAUGUGGUUAUUUUUAGAUUAAUUGAGAAAGGCCUCUGUUAACUAAGGAUUCCCUGUUUAUUUAUUGGAUGAUUGAUAUGUUUGAUAUUGAUACUUUGCAUCAUGCCUUGAUAUAAGUUUUUCAUUCAUGAAUAUUUUGUCCUGGACAGAAAUAAACACCUGGUAUUGGGAAUUCUUUAAUAUAACUGAUGAUAACUGACAUAUGAUACCCCAUUACAAUGGAAUCACAGAGGAGUUAACUCACAAUAUUGGCUACAAUGUAGCCAAAAGUUUGUCCCCAGGUUGCCUUUAUGUUAACCUUGACAUUUCAACUGGUGAUCUAUGAUCUGAAGAGAAACGUAUGUAAAAUCUUUGUAAAAUGGGUGUACAGAUUUGCAUUUUGUUAAUCUGUCCGGUUUCACGAAGCUAUGGCACGUGACCAGAUUGGCAAGCACACACUGCGGCUGUCAAUGGAGCUAGAUGUAGUCUCAUUGGAACAACUAUACUUGGAAGCGACUGAAGCUUUAAGUCUAAUUUCACCCCAGAAUAUAUUGUGUUACUUGUCUUAAAUUUAACUGACAAGAGCUUGAAAAAUGUUACAAACAUGAUUCUUCAAAUAUAAUAUUAUCAUUUGAAACUCCUGCUCUAAAUAAAUAUAACACUGUAAAAUACCUACAUGUUUAGAAAACCUGCAUUGAUAUGUCUUGUCAUGGUUCCUGAAAUGUUUGUUUUCCUCAAGAUAUUGAUAUAUGUUUAUCGUGUCAUUGGAUGGAAUGAAAAGAUUGUACAAGGGCGUACAAGGUAUCAUAAAUGAUAGAAUAUUAAGAAAAUCAUUGAAAUAACUGCUGUCAAACCCGGGUUCAAUCUUUCUUGAAAAAUUUGAAAGUUAGAAAAUACAGAAACAGCAAUGUUGGAGAGUUGCAUGUCUAGAGAAGACUUAGAUUAAAUUAGGAAACCAGUGCUGUAGAUUGCAUAACUUGUUCAGUAGAUGAACAAUUUAUAAUGGCAGUAACAUCUUCUUUUGGUGGUGUUUUGGGCUUGCUAUUCAUGCAGGAUUUCAAGUGCACAUCAGCACAUUGUAAAUACCUUUUGUGUUUAUUUUUUGAAAUAUUUAAACCGACGGGUGUGUAUGUACAUUAUGUAUCAUAACUUUGCUUUCAGAAUUUCAUUUUGUAAAUUUAAUUUCCAGUUUGCAGUGAAAUUGAAGUCUUUGUUUGGGGGUAUGAGCCCCUUUACCUAUGAAUUGAGUACAUUUUAUGUUGUUGUCUAUCUUUUUUAUUGUUUUAUGAAGCAAACUAGAAGUGUUUUUUAUAUGAGUUACAUCGGCUUGCUAUGAUGCAAGUGUUAGAGUUCCUAUGCCAACAGUUUCAUAGCAUAAGACAUUAAUUGUUAUGAAUGGCUGAAUUAGACUUUCAGGUUGGUUGCAAUUGAAGAUCUGAAAUUUUCUCUCGGGCAAAUUAUAUUUUGGUAUAAAUCAAAGAUUUGUAAUUAUACUUCUGCUUGCUUAAUCAGUUCCAAAUGAAGUUUGCAAAGUGUUCGUUCAAUGUUAGCCCUUUUUAUGUACUUUUUAUGCAGCCUAAAAGUGUGUCAAAUGAUAGAUGUGUAUGGAAACAAAAUAAUAUUUCUAUUCCUGAAACAAAUUCUUUAUGUAUGGAUUUAGCUUCUACUUGAUUCAUUGAUAAAAAUGAAAGGAAAACAAACUUCAUUUACAGAGGAUUUGCUUAUAGCAUGGCAUGAAUAAUGAUUUACUAUCACAAGGUAUGAUGGUAUGAAAGAAGCACACGUCCUUUAAUGAGUCUUCCAUCAUUUUGACUCUGCUAAAUGGCAGAAUAGUUAUUUCCAUGUAUCAGUGGUGUUGUCAAUGAUGUAAUCAUAUUUGGAACAUGUUUUUUUAAACUGUUUUUAAACAAUUCAUCAGAGGUUAUUUCAUUGUAAAUGUGUAUUAACAUGCUAUCAUAUAUCUUUCAAAUCAAAAUAUCUUCAUAAGGAAAAAGGCUUUCUUUUCUACACUUAUUUCUAUUUUUUUUUUUGUUCUUCAUGACCCCGUAAAUGUCAUUUUUCUGGCCAUAAAAAGGCCUUAUCUUUCAUAUGAAAUUAUGGUACAUGAUAAAUGCUCCUAUUUAUAUAUAUGUAUUUUUGGUUUUAUAUAAUUGUAAGCAACAAUUGUGCUUUUCAUUUUCUUCAUGAUUUUGUUGCUCUUUCUUAAAUUAAAGUGAACAGAAUCAAUUAUAUGUUGGGUAAUCAUACCCUUUCCAUGUUAAAUCAGAUGUGAGCAACUUUGUUGCUUAUUUAUUUUUUCUUGAGCAUAUCUUUGUCAAUUUGUUUUUAGUGAGUGCCAUUGAUUUGGUGUGUAGUUCUUCAUUUUUGUGAAAUAUCUGUUCAUCAAACGUCAGUCUUUUUAGUGAAUGUUGCUCUCUGUCUAGAUUUAGACUUGUCUUUCAAAAUUAAAUGCUUUGCCAAUGUUAGCAAUGGAACUGGAAAGAAAUAAUUCAUGAUGUCACUCUUCCUAAAAGUUAUUGCAUUGAUUUUCCUUCAUAAUAAAAGAGAAAAAUAUUGAAUUUGUGUCUAAUAUUUUCCAAAAUGAAUCAAAUUGUCCACGAAAUGUACACAAUUGUGUGUUAUUAUUAUGUUGUUAGUAUUCUUGCCUCAAAACAAAAGAGAUUCACUACUUAUUAUAUUCGGAUGCAUAUUGUUGAGAAAUUAUGUUUUUUAUUGAUAAAGUAAAUCAGGAAAAUAAUCCAUUGAUUGCAAGUAGUUUAAUGAUGCAAGUAUUAUCAUACUUAUUAUGAUAAACCCUUUUGAAAUACUUUUUUCAGAGUGAGGAGUGACUCUCAAAUAUUACACUUCAUUAAAAAUGAAUCAAAUGUCAACUAUCAUUGUUACAUCAGGCAACUAGCGUCAAUGCACUAUUCAGGAAAAUGAUAUUAUAAUAUAGUUUUUCAAAAUGUAUAGGGCACUGCCUGUCUACUAUAAUCUUAUAUAUUCCAGUUUGGUUUUUACAAACACUUUUUAUAUGUGCAAUGUAUUCCGGGUAAACAGAUCUUUUGGAUAUAUGAAGUGGUAUAGAACUUGUUAAUGAAUAUAUUUUGGUCAAAACUAAUGUGUAUAGGAACUUUGAGAAAAAACUUAUCCCACAUUAGAAUAUUUUAUAAAGGGUUGGAACUACUUAGCCUGUAAUCAAAUGUAAAUGUUCAUUGGUGAUGACAAGUGUAUAUUGUUGUAGACAUUAGUCUUUUUAUUGUAAAAAUGUCAUCUGUGAAGUGUAUGUGGUGUAAGAGUUUGGUUUCUUGUGAAAUAUUAAAUUAUGUUAUUUGUGCA